AGGACGGCAGGAGGAAGCCGGCGGUUGAGGCGUGCGUCUUGACAGGCAAACGCUCCGCCCCUUCUAAGGAGCUCGUGCCUGGGGCACGCGCGUGGCGAGCGAGGAAAAAGUAGUUUUAUGAGAUAAAAGGUUCGUGGGCGCGGCAGUUACAGACACAGGUAUCUGAGGAGGGGAGUGAGAGAGCGAGAGAGCUUGUCUGGGAGAUAGCGGAGAGUUCAAUCCACCGUAGGGAGUCGCCGUCGCUAGUGGAAACCCCCAAGAAGGAGGAGUGGCGGACUGGGACAAGGCUGAGUGAGAGAGAGAGAAAUAAAUACACGGAGUCGGGCCACGAAUCCAGUCAGAUAAGAGACUAGCGGGCUUGGCUUCAGAUGCUGAGUCUUCGCUCAACACUCCACAGCCUUGCAGGAGACACUUGGCAUUGGUCCGGCCCGGUCGUGGAUUUUACCAAUAACUUUUAUGUGUGAACAUUUCUGUACCAAUCAGCCGUCUGAAGAAGAGAAGGGGUGAACAAAAAAAGAAUUAAAAAAAAACCCCAGUUGGAGUGUCGUUGGGCGGGAUGGCCCCUUCAAUCACUUUUCGUAAUGAGGACAGCCACUUUUGAUUAACCGAGUGUCAGUGAUGAACUGGAUGCUGUAGAGACAGACCCGACUUUUCGUCUCGUCCAGCGAGUGGUUAGGAAAGUGUUGGAAGGGGGAGACGGUUCGUAACCAUCCUCCGACUUGGGAAGUAUUUAUUUAUUCGUUGGUGCAGUGAUCGAAGAAACGGAGUGUGUCGCACCAAUCUGUACUUUGCUGGAUUCUGGUGCUGUUCGGGCUUUUUGUAGCAGCCACGGACCUGUUGGGGGGACAGGCCACUCACUGGGGAGUGAGCGAAUGGAGGUCUGACUGCUGCCCAUUCAUCUGCCACCCACAAGGAGGAUAGUUAACGGAAUAUCGCUGGAGACGGCUCGGCCCUCAUCUUCCAGCAUCACAGUUGCAGGACUCACAUCGCUUCCUCCAGUCAGACGGCCCGUGUGAAGGAUGAAGCCAGGGGACGAGACUCUAGGCGACGCGUCUCAGAUGUUGCGAGAUAUCCUGCAGAGCAAAGAGCGGAAGCUGCAUCAGACGUUAGGUCACGGCGACAACAACAACACGCUCAAGACCUUCACCGCAGAGCCCGCUGCGCUCACUAACUUCUGCUCAGCCUCCGACUCCGACAACCAGGAGAUGAUGAGUUCAGUCAUGCGUGGUAAGUCGUCGUCGUCCAAGUCAAACUCAGACGACAACGACGCCCACUCCGACAACUUCGCCAACUUCAGCGGCGACGAAAGUGAUGUAGACAGUACGUACGGGCAGAUGACCCACGAUGACCUUCCGAAAGAAACGGACAUUGACCCUGAAGGGCUGCACAGCCCGGCCGAAAACCCUUCUACAGACUCAAAAGAAGCCAAGCGGGCGAGAGUGGAAAAUAUCCUGACCACCAUACGACAGUCGCCGCAAACAGGGUUCGAUUCCCUGGAACAGGCGAGGUACGAAAUGAAGCGACAGAAGCGGAAACAGCCACAGCCCCAGCAACAUGAUGGACGGUCCCUGCUGGGACCCGACCCCAAGUACAGAAAAGUUGAGCGGAUGAUGAUGAAGGAGCACAUCCGACAGCUGCAAGAGCAGCUGCACGCCGUGACGCGCUCCUUCCAUCAGAUGUGCGAUUCGGAUGACGAUGACAAGGCGUUCAGCAACGGCAUCGAUGAUGCAGACGACGAACCCGCCAGUCCCCCGCGCAGCAGCAGCAGCAGCAAUAACAACAACAACAUUCACAGCAACAACAACUUUCUGCAAGUGUGCAGCUCCAUGCGCGAAAAAGACGCUGUCACCCCGCCAGUGACCAAUGGACUCAGUCCGCGCAGCUUGACCCGCGAUGACACCAUGCCAAUGACGUCCACGCCGCUGCGGAUGAUGUCCAAGCUGGACGUAGAUGGGGUUGGGGAGAUGAAUUGCAUGCUGAAGCCAUUGAAGCGGGACGUCAGCUUCUGCAGCGGCGACCUGACGCUGCCCAACCUGGCGCAGCAGCCCAUCCUCCACCGCGUGGCGCUGUCUCUCAAGUCGGAGAUCCUCCACGCCGUGACUGAGGCCGUGGACACGGCGGUCAACAACGUGCUGGAGAAACACGCAACGACCAUCACACCCUCAGACCAACUGCCACACCAGCAGCCGCAUCAGCAACCACCACACCAUCAGCAACACCACAGCAACCACCAUCAGCAGCAACAACAGCUUCAGAAGCAGCAGGAGCUGCAGCAGCAGCACCAGCACCAGCAGCUGCACCCGGUGCGGCUGCACAAACCGGAGAGAGAUACACUGAAAGAGACUAUGGCCAACGCCCAGGAGAAGAAGCCAGACCUGCUCGUCCCGUUCCAGGACCACCUCAGCUUCCUGGAGCGUUUCAGCAACCCUCGCAUGCACUCGGAGAAGCUGAGCGCCUUUGAGCCCUUGCAUCACGGAGACUCCGACCUGUGCAUGCCGCCCUCCAGCGCUGCAGCUGCUGCUGCCGCCAUGUCCUUCGCCCCUCACUACCCGUAUUACAUGCACACGGCCAUGCUGCCCCCCAUCUUCCCAGUGGAGCCUGAGCAGACAGAGGCUCUGCCUCUUGUCGUCUCCAACGCGCCCAAGAAAAAGCGCACCAAGGUGACGGACACUCGUCUUUCUCCUCGCGCCAAGAGCGCCCUCUUGCAGGACAUUCCUGGCAGCAGCCUUCAGAGCAUCCUGGACGCCGAGCGCCACCCUGGCCUUCCACCCCCUCUCCCGCAUUACCUGCCCCAAGUCCUGCCUACCUCCGUGGCCAUCACUAACCCCAGCCUCCACCGCUCCGACCUGUUCAGCUUCCGCUUCCACGAAAGCAUGUACGACCCCCAUCUGCCCUCGCCACCCAUGCACGAUCGCAGCUCCCCAAAGUCUCCCCCCGAGAGCCUGCACAUGCUCAAGAACGAUGUCUUCGACGCCCAGACACCGGACAGCAUGGACAACAGUUCUUCCCAGAAAACCUGUACUCUAACGCCCAUGCACCUGCGGAAGGCCAAGCUCAUGUUCUUCUACACUCGCUACCCGAACUCUGGAAUCCUGAAGGUCUACUUCCCAGAUGUCUCCUUCAACAAAAACAACACGGCGCAGCUGGUCAAGUGGUUCUCCAAUUUCAGGGAGUUCUACUACAUCCAGAUGGAGAAGUACGCGCAGGCGGUGGCAGAUGGCUGCAAGCACGCGGACGACCUCGUUGUCAACAGGGAUUCCGAGCUGUUCCGCCACCUCAACCUUCAUUACAACCGCAACAACCAGAUAGAGGCACCCGAGUCUUUCCGCGGUGUAGUUGAAUCCACACUUCGAGAGUUUUUCCGCGCGGUGUUCACCAAGAAGGAUGUGGAAUCCUCGUGGAAGAAGGCCAUCUACAAAGUCAUCGCACGCAUGGACGAACCUCUUCCCGAGUAUUUCAAGUCCGCCAACUGGAUGGAACAACUCGGAGACUCGUGAUCGGCGCGAGGUUUGGAAAAGCGGAAGUGACGUCAUGAGCUUCUCGGGAACCAAAAAAAUUUGAAAAAAAAUAUGGCGCUACGUGCUAAAGGCGUGAAGCUAGUCAAACAGCAAUUCAAUCCUGAUUGCUUCAGGUAAUCAGGGGGCGGGGAGUAAUCAGUUAAACCCUUACCCUAAACGAGUGAUCGAAACCCAGGUGUGACUGAUUUCAUAAACUCUGUUUGCGUUAUUGAAAAAAAAGUUUCUUUGCACAGUUUCUUGUAUAGAUGCACAGAUAGGACGGGCUACGAGGCUAGUGCCUCUAUCGGCGGUAGCCCUGUUACAGGGAGUUGACCUCUGACCUCCGUAGGCACAAGCUAGUCUGGAGUCGGGUGCAAAGCAUUGGUGAUACUCAUCUGCUUGAAGACAGGUUUGCAUGUGAUAUGCGCGCCAUCUGGACGGUAGGACCGACUGCACGCGCAUCGUAGAUGACAGGCACAGCCAUGCAAAGACAUCACUGUCACCUUCUCAGAAAAGUUGCCAUUGACUUGAAAAACGAUGUGUUUGGGGGAGAGUGGUACGAUGGGGAAAGCACGCACUCCGGUCAAAUGAAGAUUCCUGGGAAGCCGCGUGCCUUGGUCAUCAACAGGAUCUGCAGAAACGAUGAACACGAGCUGCUAGAAAUUUGAUUUGUGUACGUGUGUGUGUGGAACAGUUGGUUCUGGCCUCAAGUACCCCAGUUGCUGGCAGAGAGAAAAACUGUUCUAUGGUGAACCCGAUUCCAGCCUGUCCUGAGAGACACAGAGGUCAGUGACACACCAAUCGUCCUUUUCUGUGCGAACUGAUGACGAGUGUUCACCGAGGACUUCCCACUUCCUGGCUCUGAAAGAUGCUGACUCAAACUCAGACUAGUCAGAGGAUAGCGUGGUUAAAGGCAGCAGAAAUCCUUCCAUGUCGCGCUUCUCUUCCUUUUUUGUGUUCCCUCCUCCCAUCUCUCUCUCUCUUGACACCCUCGACCAGCAUCUGUCUUGUUACGUGCAGCUCCACCACAGAACGACAGAAGUGUACAGAAACUCGGUCAGAUGAGCAAGUUGCAGACAAUUUCAGUACGAAGACAUGUCCAAGACUGAAGCCAGAGUUUUAUACUUUCCUGUUGUCUGCUGUUUUCCUCUUUUCUUGCUCUUCCUCUUGAGAAGAUCCGGCUACUGGACAGCCCACCCCGGGUGUUAACUAGACUCGUCACUGACUUUAUGUGAGCAGCACACACAGAAUGUGCUCUAGCAUUUUGAAAAAUCAAAUUGAAACUGUUGACUUCCUAUAAAUAAUGAUCAACAUCUUUUUAACAAACUUUUUCUACAUGUUGGUGGUUUGAACUUUUUGUACCUGACUCGUUGUUUAUGACAGCGCUUUUUAAAAAACAUUCCAUACAUAAUAAUUGUUUCCAAAUGUUUGUUGUGAAUCAUUCCCAACAUUCUCCCAGCUGUGUUCCUAGUGAAGCCAGCUGCACUCAAUGAACCCUGUGGGACCAUUGGACACGUGACGCGAGGUCAAGAUCUUUCGCUUUCCUCUUUUAUCAUCGAUGAUGUGAGGCAAUGAGUGUCUGUUUCAACUCAAGCAUAAAGCAGGCCUUCUUUCUCUCAUCGUCUCUAGGACUGAAGGGACAACAACCAGAAAAAUAAAUAAAGGAACUGAACAUGAGCCCGUGUAGAACACUGUACAGACAAAAGUCAUUUAUUUAUUUAUUUGUCCAUCUCCUGACAUGUUGAACUUUCGAACUAAUGCCGAUGCCAUAUUACUCUGAUUUCAUUUUAUUUGUUUAAAUAUUAUCUUUAUUUUAUUUCCAGACUUUUGUUUCUAGUCAGUUGGCAGUUUAUUUGGCCAGCCAUUGCUUCAUUAUUCGAGUAUAAUCAACAUUUUUCUUUCUUGUUUGUUUCUUUGAUUCGAGGAGAGGGUGGGAUGGGGUUUUAUCCAGAACUUUAAGCAAUAUUUUAUUUUAAUACCACUAGGAGUUCGGGGUGGGAUGGUGGACAAACAAUGAGCCUGUUUGGGUAUGGGUGGUGACAACUUCUCUGUCAUAAAUACCAACACACUAUCCAACUAUCUUUCUUUAAAGUUCUGAUAAAUUAAUGUGACCAAGGAUCCUUGAAAGUAAAACCGUGAGCUUGUUUAUUAUUGUUGUUAUUCUUUAAACUGAAUAUAAGUCUAAAGUGUGUAUUUGCGAAUACUAUUUCAUAGUAUAAAACUAUUGACUGAUUUCAAUGUUAAUCCUCAAAUUUGUCCUCAUUUCUCUUAUCUUGCAAAAAUCGUAAGGAAAAAGUUGUUUUUUUUCUGUCGUUUUUCUGUCUGGGAUUAUACGAGGAUGGCACAAACUGUUGGUAUUUUCUGCGAGACUGAUUAAAAGAUCUGUGCUGGGCUGACAUCUUGGCUAGGGUCUGUUGUGUCCACCACCUGUCCAGCAUAUAAAACUAUUUGAAAGUUACUUCAAGGGUCGACGGGUUCAAAAUCAAUUAAUUGAGAUCUGUUUCGUGGUUGGUUUAAUCAAAUUUUGUUGUUUUUUUUUUUAAUUUUGUAAGCAAGAAAGGCACAAAGUGUCCUCCUCCCUCUGUUUGUCUGCUUGAGUGCCUUAUUCUUGUCAAUGGACUAUGUCAAGGAGUGUACUUGUUGUGUGUUUAUUUCUGUCGAAUCCUUUGUUGUUGUUUUCUCUUUGCUUUAAAGAAACCUCUAAAUCCUAACUGUUUAUUAGUCUACCCGACCCACAAUAAAGAAUUUUACGCUUGUAAUAUAAGCAGUGUCACGUGAUUCAUUUUUUCUUUUUUUCAUCCUCUUAAAUUUUCGGCAGAGAUUACGAGAUUACGACAGUCGUGAUAUUUCUUGUGGAACUCAGUGAAAAUGGUAUUAGAUCACGUGACACAGAGACGGACUCCUCAAUCCCACUCACCCAGUAAGAUGACAGUAAGAACUCACUAGUCUAAGGGCUAGUUGCACGAUGCGUUUCCACAGCUCAUGACUAUUCUUUAAAAUCCAGAUUUAGAAACCUUUUUUCAAAAAUCGCUCCAUAGCCUCUAUGAAAAGUUAUGCUGAGGAAAAUGAAGGUCUGGCUUACAAAGUUUUUUUUUUCUUAUUUAAAACAAUUUUAACCGUUAAAAAAAGUUCUAAAAUUGUGUUGUGCGCAGUGUUUUCAUAAAACUGAUUAUCUUAAGAUAAGGUUUCAAGCCUAAAAGUGUUUAAAUGUUGUGCAGCUGGCCCCAGUACAAGAACAGUUUUGUGUUUUGCAUCUCUCCCUUCCUAUCCCCGUCCACCCCUGGCACGUUUUAUUCCGUUAUUUUGAAACGAAGAGAGUUAGCUGCUCCGUCAUAUUUAUGCUUCCUUACAUUAAAUGGCAACAGAGCCGUCGAUACUGGGUCUUUUUUGUACCUCUUCCCCAUUUCUAAAAAGGUCUUCUUUUUUAAUUAGGAAUCUAACAUACAAGAAUAUACCCAAACCUGUCGAGGGAGGUUUUUUUUUAAAAUAACUGUGCAAUAAAGCUCUGACCUGUUGCAUGUUAUUGGAAGCAUGUUGAACCAAACAGAAUCUUGUACAUAUAUAGAGGUCAAGUUGAUGGGUAUGUUUUCACACUCCUGGACUAUUUAUGAAAAUUAAAUUGAUAGGGUGAUUUUAUGUAGAUACAUUGAUGUGUUCAUGUGUGUGUGUGAGAGAGAGAGGGUGAGAGAGAGAAGACAGACUGUGUAGUACACAUCCAGAGCUCAGGAGUCCCUUCGUCGAAUAAAGACAUGAAAUGUAAAUGUUAUUAUAUAUCAGAUUAGUUUCUUUUUUGCUGAUGAUUUGUUUACACAAACUACUUGCUGUACAAGUCCUGGAAGCGAAUAACAGACAGACUGGCACUGACUGUUGCUGUGUACAGCUAACAGUUUUUGAAGUAACGAAGAACAAUCGCGGUUUUAUGAAUACAUUAAUUAAUUUUUGGCUUUUCUCCUGAUAUUGAACACUCCAGUUUUCAAUGCUGAUUAUUCCAUGUACUUUUUUUGGUUUACAAAUAAUUUUUUUUGGUGCUUAGAAGCUAUACAUUUUUUUUGCCAAAAUUUCUUUACAUUCCUUUGUGAGGCACAUACUAUAAUCACUUUAUUUUAUUUCAUUAUCCAUUCCAUUUUGAGAGCAGAUUUUUUUCUCAUUUUUGUCUGGCGAUUGUUAUGAAUUUCUUGUGUAUUUUGGAAUGCCUUGGGAACAAAAAUGAACAAUUUUGGUUUUAAUCUGUUAUCAAAUCAAGACAUUUUUUAAGACAGGAUUUUUAAAAAACUUUCUUGUUUCAACUGAAACAUUUUUCUCACCCAUUUCAGAGACAAAGUAUCAACCCGUCCCACUUUUAAUACACUUCUAUGGAAAUUCAAGCUAGAUUUUUACGGAACUGAACACGGGAAAGGGGUGGGUGGUACAAAGUCCAGGUGUUAAAAUUCCAGUGGAUGUCAGUAGAUGUGACAUAAAUAUACCUUUUAUGCACUAAUGGACUUUCAUACUAGAAAUCUUGAAUGAAGGUAUCUUCAUGCUGAGUUAGCUGAACAUACCUGUGGCAAUUCCACAAAAUCAUGCUGCCAUAAUUGCUGAUUUUUAUUUUGUAUUGGUGACUGUAAUCCAAUCAUUCCUUGUUGAUAUCCAAUAUUCCCUGUGCAGCAUUAUAAGUCUGUGCCAUUCCGUGGUGUGUUUGUAUCCAUGUAUCUUAUCUUUCCUGCCAUUUCCACUUUUCUCUCUCUCUCUGUUCCCUGGCACCCACAAGCGGAGUUUUUUUAUCUCUGUCUUGAUCACGGAUCGCAAAAAUCCAAUAAAGUAAAACUCUAGUCUUAAA